AUGGUGACAACUUCUCUCAAUGAGAAACAGUAUUAUUUCUCUUUGGCUUUUGAUAGACAAGGAGUGCUCAUCAUUUUGCUCAUCCUUUGCAUUGGUUCAUCUAAUUUGGGCAUUGGACAUGGUCAACAUACUCUCAAUGUUCUCAAGUUUGGUGCUGUUGGAGAUGGCAAGACAGAUGAUUCCCAUGCAUUUUUGAAAGCAUGGCAAUCUUUAUGUGGAGCAAGGGGAAGAACAUCAACCCUUGUAAUACCAGCAUCAAAAACCUUUCUAGUAUCUCACGUGCAAUUCCUUGGUCCUUGCAGUUCAAGCAGCGUACUUGUUCAGGUUCUGGGGAAAAUUGUUGCCCCCGAAGCUAAUGCAUGGAGCGGAUGUAAUUAUGAUUGCUGGCUAUGCUUCAUGGGAGUGCAUGGUCUUGUCAUUGAUGGUUCAGGACAAAUUGAUGGCAAUGGCGAAACUUGGUGGAACAAGGCUCUACACUUCCACGUCUGUCAUAACCUUAAACUGAGUGGACUGACGCACCUGGAUAGCCCGAACAAUCACAUCACUAUACACAGUUGUAAUGGGGUAUCUAUAUCAAAUCUUCGCAUAACUGCACCUGCCGAUAGUCCUAACACCGAUGGAAUUGAUAUUGCGGGAUCUACCCAAGUUCAAAUAUCUGGCUCUUUCAUAGGAACUGGGGAUGACUGCAUUGCUAUAAAGGGUGGCUGUUCUAACAUCAAUAUUACUAAAGUUACAUGCGGACCAGGUCACGGAAUCAGCAUUGGAAGUCUAGGACAAGGAGGAACUCAUGAGCAAGUGGAGCAUGUGCAUGUGAGAGAUUGUACUUUCAAUGGGACUCAGAAUGGAGCAAGAAUCAAGACAAUACCGGGAGGAUCAGGGUUUGCAAGGCAGAUUUCUUUUGAACAGAUUACACUAAUAGCAUCUGGAAAUCCGAUCUAUAUAGACCAAUAUUAUUGCAAUGGCAAAGCUAACCGUUGCCCAGAUGUGGGAAAAGCAACAGCUGUUAGUGGUGUUGCGUACAUAGGAUUUCAUGGAACUUCUGCAAAUGAUGAAGCGAUUAAUUUGGAUUGUAGUAAUCGAGGCUGUACCGGCAUCACCAUAGAGAAUGUAAACAUUACCUCUUCUGUGCAAGGACAGCCGCUUCAAGCCAUUUGCAAUAAUGCACAUGGAAGAGCUAUCUCAACUGUACCUGUCGUCUCCUGCCUGUUACCUUGAUACAAUAUUUAUGUAUAGGCAAGUUGGUUCUCCUUUUUGAUAACAGAAGAAAUCUUUAUCAUUGAUUUGAGAAGCCUAUGGCAAGAAUGUCUCAGCUGUUAAAAGGCUUUGAAGUAGUGAA